CAGUUUAUUAAUUAAUUGAAAUUAAAUUUUAUUGAUUUGAAAAAAUAAUUGUUGUUUUAAAAAUAUAAUACCAAAUGGCAGAAAAAAGGAAAAGGAAUCCAAACUUCUCAAACCAUGAAAAGUCAAUAUUAUUGCAAUGUGUGUCAGAGGAAAAAAAUAUAGUAGAAAACAAAAAAACAGACGGGACAACAUGGAAAGAAAAGGAGCAAGCCUGGGUUAGAAUAACCAAUAGUUUCAAUGCACUAUCGGGAGGGGCUUGCUAUAGAACCACGGAAGCCCUGAAGAAACUUUACAUAGUUUACAAAAAAGAUGUAAGAAAAGAAGCUGCAGCAGAAAAAUUUUCAGCACUUCAAACAGGAGGUGGUAAUCCAUAUACAGUUAAGGAUCCUAAUUUUGACCUCGCGGUUACAAUUAUGAACCCAAAAACUGUGCAUGGAUUACCUAAUUCGUUCGACAGUGAUUCAGUCCAAAAUUUAUUCAUAAAUUUGGUGUCAGAUAAAGAAAAUGAAUCCCCAGAGUUGGAAAAUUCAGUUGAAGAUUGGUCAACAUACAAGCCAGACCAACUUAGGGCUCCUGUGUCAAAGAAACUUAAACCAAAUUCCUUGGAAGUUGCCAAUGAUGUACAUUUUGGUUUAAAAGAGGAGGAAAAUGCAACACUUCCGGUUAAAAAUUCAGAAAAACAAUGCGCAAAGAGAUGCGUAGAAAACAAUUGGUCUACUCGCCGUAGACCUAUAGCGGCUAGUUUACCGAGUUCAAAAAUUAGCGAACAAUACUCAUUGUUAUCUAAAAUAAAAACGGAGUUGGUACAGUUGCAACUUCAAGCUGCGAAGGUUGAAAGUGAAUUGAAGAAAAAGUCUUUAGAACUCGACAUUCAAAUAAAGGAAGAACUACUAAAAAAAAUUAAAAACUCUACUAUAUCAAAUGAUGAUGUAGAUCUUUUACAGUUAACCAAAAACAUUAUUUAAAUACAUCAUAAUACGUUAUUAUAAUUAUAUUAUAU